AUGCCGCCAAGAAUGUUGAAGAGAGGGCGGCCUAAAGGUGCUGGUUUGACUGUCAUUGGUCUUCCCAAAAAGAGAAAGGUUACAGGUGCAAUACCAUUCAUUAAAAAGUCACCUACCGAAAAAGAAAGAGGUAAAUUGAAGGUUUUAAUGUAUAAUUAUACUAUAAUCUUAAUGCUUAAGCUUAAAGAAGUGGUCCAGUCUAUUUGUUCGCGAAAGCUUUGUUUACAUUUUUUCUAUCAAAAUAAUGGACUUUAUUAAACCUAUAUGGAAAAUCUAUAGCCAAAUACAGCCAACCAGAUGACCACUUGUCAAUGCAAUUCUCAUACAUUUCAAGAUGCUAAUUAUAGUUCUUAUCAAUCUUUUAGUGUUGUUGAACUGCUUUCUUGAAAGGAAAGAAGUAGAAUCUGCUCUCCGUGGAGCAUUAGCAGAAGAAGAGAUGGUUGAAGUUCGCCCAGUAUUGGAUUUGUCGAACCUGCCAUUCGGAGAACACUGGACAUAA